UUCCACAAACUUGAGGAGUUGCUGGAGUUGGUUCAGACACUGGGACAGUGUGACUUUUGGGGGAACGUAGCGCAUAAAAAUAACAGAGUAGCCCUCUUCUUUCUUUCUUUUUCUAUGUUAGGACUAUUUAUUCUCAGUUUUUUUUCAGUACGAACCACAGACACGCAGAUAUGGAUUGGCGGUGGAUAGUUUUCACACUGUUUUUAAACUUUCACUUCACGCACGGGUCUCCCUCCUCUUAUGACUUGUUCCACGGGUCUGCAUACACUGGAGUGGUGCACAGACACAGGAGCAGGAACUGGUGCGCCUAUGUGGUGCACAAGAACGUGAGCUGCGCCGUGCAGGGGAGUGUGGAGAGCUUCCAGGAGCCCGUGGUGGCCCCCUGCCCAGCAUACCAGCCCGACUGCCAGCAACAAGUGACAUACAAAACUCGGUUUCUACCCACGUACAAGAUUGGCUACAAGACAUUCACAGAGUUAGAGUGGAGAUGCUGUCCUGGUUACCAAGGUCUGGACUGUAAAGAUUUAAAACCGCCUCCAGAUCAACAGAGAGCACAGGGAACGCAGCCUUACCUCCCACUGAAUCCUGGACUCACAACCAGACACACACAAAGGCCAGAGAGGAGGGAGACAGGCCACCAUGAGACGAGGCACGGUGGGACAGAUAAGGUCCGUCUUCUGGAAGGUGAAGUUCAGCGCCUCUCUCAGACAGUCCAGGGUCUCCAGUCUGCUUUGACAGGGUUGACCAACAACCUCCGCACAGACCUGCAGGAAGACACAAAGAAGAUGCUGGUGACACUUCUUAACAACAUGCGGCCACCAGACAGCGCUAUGACCGCAGGCACAGAGGAGAGCCCAGCAGUGCUUGAUGGUCAUCAGGCUGUCAGAGGAGGGAUUGGAGGAGACAAGGCCAUAGAGAAAAUAGUGGCCCGGUUGGAUGAUAUUAACAAUUCACUGAAAAGUAAGGAUGACGCCUUGGAAGACCUGAGAGGGACCAUGACAAGUCACGAGGGACAGAUCCGUGUUCUUAUGGAUGCCUCACAAUCUCAGACUCCAGCCAUAACAGAGUUUGAUGUUAUACAGACCUACAUCGAUGGGAAACUUGAGAAGCUGAAGAAGGAGCUGGACCAGAGUGUAGAGGAACAGAUGACCAAGCUACAAAGCUCAUGCAAUGACAAGAUCCAGACUCUGCAGAAGACCUGUGAAGACAGCCAUGACCAAGGGCUGGUCAGCCUGGCCAAGCUGGUGGACACUAAGGAGGCUGACCUGAGAAAGGAGAUCCGAGAAUUACGUUUGGACAUGGUUGCUGCCGAUGGACCUAUACGCACUCAGAGGCAGACAGAUCCAUCCAAAAAAGAAGAGCAUCAUGGUGACCACAAAGACCUGUGGCGUGAGAUCGAUCGUAUUGCAGAGGCUCACCGCAUCCUGAAUAUCCGUAUUGACAAUGAGCUGGAGCACCUGUCUGCACCUCAGGAACAGGACAACGAUUUCAGUUUACAGUUUGAGGAGCUGGAGGCACGUAUAAAUAUCACAGAACAAAAUGCAGAGACUCACUGCUUCUACAUUGAAGAGAAGCUGACCCGUACAAUCGGAGAGGAAGUGGCUGCACUUCGACAGCUUCUGGAUGAACGUCUGAACAGCAUGGAGGACCAGUUUACAAACAUGCUGGUGGAAAUGAGCAACAGUUCAUUCCCAGGGAUGUUUGGUGACUCCAUGGAUUCCAUUCAAUCAGAAGUCAACAACAACAAGUUCCUCCUCCAAAAUUUGGAUGAUAAGAUCAAUGCUGUUGGAGAGUUGUGUUCUGCAGGAUGCUCUAGCUCAGGAAUUGCUGGAGGUGCAGGAAGUUCCUCACCUGCACCUAAAGGCCUAGAAAAUAUUUUAAAGGACCUGAUCCGGUACAGGAAUGACUUGGACAUUCUUCACACAAAUGUCAGUGCCAACAGAGACAAGGUAAAGAAAUUGGAGGACAUUGUUGAAAAGCAGUCGGUCGUAAAUGAAAAACAUGCCAAGACAAUGGAUGAUUUCCAAAAAAGACUAGUUGAUAUACAAGAUAAUGUGCUUGGCCUGGCUGGUGCAGUUACAGGAUUAAGUGACUCCUUGAGCAAAUACCACCAAGAUAUGUACAAAAUAAACUCAACAUGCUGCCAUGCGGAGCAGAGUCGCACUGGGAGUCCAGCUUGGGACAACUUGGCGUCAGUCCUUUCAGUACCCAGUGGUAACGCAGACGACACCAGACGUAAGGUGGAGGAGUUAAAUAACAGGCUCGAUUUGCUAAGUGAGCAGGUGUCAUCUGAGCUGAGUCAAUGUAAACAUAACACACAGGGCUUCUCUGAUGGCAUGUCUGUUGUGGACGGACGAGUGACCAGACUUGAAAAGGUGUGUGGAAGGUUAGACGGGGUUUCUGCUAACAUCAAAGAGCUGAAAGAAGGGCUGGAGAAGCAUGUUGGUGGUCUGCAGGACUGUGUAAACAGGAUGAACGUCACCUGUGGAAAUCAUGGUGCAGACAUCCUCGCCCUGCAGAAUGCCCUGCAGAAGUUCCAGGAACAGCUGCCUGCCAUGGCCAAGCAUGUUUUGAAAGACAUCGCUGCCAAAGAACCAGGAAUGACCUUAAGACCGGAGAGGCCCGCUUCUCUGCCAGACACAACUCAGACCAGAACCAGAAUAAAACAAAUCCAGAUCCCUAUAAUCAUCCCGCCGCCACCGUCCAACCCCAGGCAGCCCAACACGCACACGAUCAGGAUCAGCGCUCCAAACCAGCCGUCCAGCCCCCAGCAGCCGGGUCACCACAAUGUGCCCCUGGUUCCCGUCCGGCCCGUUGUGGAGACGGGCGAGGCGGGACCACCCGGGUACAUGCGCAGGGUGACUGUGCGGAGGGGCUCAGAGCAGUCGUCUGACGUGCCUGUCAAAGGAUUCGCUGGAGCUCCAGGUUAUCCUCCUGUGCAGCCGGCGUCUUUCAAUCCUCACUCCACCAGCCGUCAAGUUCCUGUUGCAGCGAAGGUGCCGUGGAAUCCACUGCAUCAAACUCCAAUUGUAUCUCCAGUCUCACUCGACAACAGCGCCUUCGCAGAUCCCUUCUCCUUCUCCGCCGGCCUCACCCAGCAGCCGUUCUCUGGAGAUUUUGGCAUCAUUCGUUUUAACAGGGUUCUGGUCAAUGAUGGUAGACACUACAACCCCCUCACAGGGAUCUUCACCGUACCACUGGACGGUCGAUACCUGAUCUCAGGCCUGCUGACAGCAAAGCAGGGCGACCACGUAGAAGCCGUCCUGUCUGUGUCAAACCGCAGCGUUCAGAAGCUGCGGAGCUCAGCAGCGCCUGCAGCAGGUCAACACCGGGGCUCAGCCGACGGCACCUGCAGCUGCGGCGGCUCGGUGUCCUUCAGUCUCAUCCUGCCCCUGAGGAAAGGAGACCGUGUGGGUCUGGUCAGGACUGGAGGUCAGCUGGCCACCACUGAGGCCAGGGAGAUCCUCUCCUCCUACAGCGCCCUCUUCCUGUACUCACAACAGGCCCAAAGAUAGCUGGAGCUCAUGGACACAGAGCGAGGACUAGUUUGUUCCCUGAGAGUUGGACUGGGGGAAAUGUUGACUAAGAUCAUUUCUCACUGACUUGCUGUGAUGCAGCUAUUUUACCACAGUGUGAAGAUUAUAAAUCCAGUUAAACAAGUCAUUACGUUUGUAAACCAUUUGCCUUUAAAUACCUGAAUUUGAGAAGUAGGAUUUGUUCCUAAUAUAUUUGAUUAUCAACUUGUUUUUUUGUAGCUAUGUGAAUGUCUUGUGUAAAAGUCUUUAUAAAUUAACAUUAAAAUUCGUAA